AUGGAAGUUGUUUCGAAUGGCAAUAGGCCUGAUAUAGCCAUGGAAGCCAAUCAACAACCAAAUUUGCCAGAAGAAAUUCUCGAAAUCGUUCAACUUCAACAGUCCCCUCACUUCCUCGAAACCCUCGCCAUAUCUGCACUGAAGCCCAAACAAACUCUCAAAUUAUUCACAUAUUUUAAUACCUUAAUCGCGGACUCCGCUGCAAGAUGGGUCAGUAACUCACAUCGUGGUGUCCAAAAACUCGAAAUAAUUGAAGCAUUUUCACGAAUACUAUAUCUUGCGCCACAUCUUACUACCUUUCUCGAAAAAUAUCUUUUCGAAACUACACAUUCCGCAGAGUAUGGCGUUUCUCGUAGUAUACUUUGCUUGAAAGAUGGUGUAAGUGCGAAUGGAAUGUCAGAUUUGGAGCUUCAGCGCAUUUUGUUGGCGACAUGGAGACUUCUGAAUUUCGACAAACAAGCCUACUCUGGAACGAUUUCAGGCUCCACGAUACAAAGUCUGCUCGGACAUAAGGAUAUAGCGGUACGAUAUCUUGCAGUGAGAAUCUUCUGCCAGCUUCAGUUCGCGUCGGACGAUAGACUGGACGCAAUGGUUGCGAAACAUGUUGGAAAUACAAGGGCAGUAAUGGGAGAUUUCGACGGUGAAUUGGUGGACUAUGGAUUUCUUAGCAUAUUCGAAGAAAAGCGGCUGAAAAAUGCUGCUUCGGAACUAAGAACUUGGGCAGGAAUGACCCAAUUCCAAAAGCAACCCUGGGAAUUUUCACCACUUGUGGUGCAAUAUUCAGAUGUUUUAUUACCUCGCCCAAACGGUCAUCCUUCCCAGUCGUCCAAGCUCAUAUCAACAAUCACAACUUCGCAGAAUAGGGAGUCUUUUGCCAAGGCCCUUAUGUCUUCAGCACCCAUCUUACUCCACGGAUUAGCAGGUGCAGGAAAGACUUCUUUGGUCAAUGACUUCGCGCGUGAACUUGGGAUGGAUUCAAGCAUGGUCACACUUCAUUUGAACGAGCAGACUGAUGCAAAAAUGCUUAUUGGAAUGUACGCUACCGGAUCUACACCCGGAUCUUUCACCUGGAGAGCAGGCGUUCUGACCACUGCCGUUAAGGAAGGACGUUGGGUGUUUAUCGAGGAUCUUGAUCGAGCUCCAAAUGACGUUAUUAGCGUUAUACUGCCUCUUGUGGAGCGUGGCGAGCUUCUCAUUCCUAGUCGGGGCGAGACCAUAAAGGCCAAGGCAGGGUUUAAGCUACUUGCGAGCAUUCGAACGUCGCUCAAUGUAAGCGGGGGUGAAAUUCCGCCAGCAUUACACAUGCUUGGAGCACGCAUGUGGCAGCGUGUACCUAUUCUCAUGCCAGCUCAAGACGAGUUCCGUGAAAUUAUCGAAGGCACCUAUCCAGUCCUACGUCAAUUUUUACCCGGGAUUAUCAGCGUUUACGAACGACUCUACAACCUUUCCGUAAAACCUUCACUGGCAUCCAAAAAUCGCACGUCGUCAGGACGUCCGAUAAGCCCGCGAGAUCUUUUGAAAUGGUGCCGAAGAUUGGCGAGUGUUCUUACAUCGUCCGGUUCUAAGACUGGCAGUGAGCCUAUUAGCGACAGCACGAAGUAUGAAAUGUUUUUAGAAGCGGCCGAUUGUUUUGCAGGAAGUCUACAAACUCAAGAUGCCCGAGGGUCGUUGAUUUCUUGCAUUGCGGAGGAGAUGCAUAUCGAUCCCCAAACGAUGGAACAUUUUCUAGAUGCUCAUGUCCCACGUUACGACGAUGGCGAAAAUGACCUUUUGAUAGGUAGGGUAAGAUUAUCCAAGAAAAAAACUAGUCGUGUUACCAAGCCUAUUAAAAAAAGCCGUCCCUUUGCGAACACAACUCAUGCCAAGAGAUUACUGGAACAAGUUGGAGUAGCAGUCCGAAUGUCUGAGCCAGUAUUGUUAGUGGGAGAGACUGGUAUCGGUAAAACAACUGUUGUACAACAGCUCGCGGAUUCAUUGGGAUUCAAGCUCACAGCUGUUAAUUUGUCUCAACAAAGUGAAGUCGGUGAUUUGCUCGGAGGCUUCAAGCCAGUAAAUGUCAGAAGUCUUGCAAUCCCAUUGAAAGAUGAAUUUGAUGAUCUAUUUACAUCAACAGGAAUCUCCGCCACCAAGAAUCAAAAGUACAUCGAUCAGCUUGCGAAGUGUGUUGCAAAGAGCCAGUGGAGUAAGGCAUCGAAAUUGUGGCGUGAAGCUCCCAAAAUGUUCGAGAAGAUCAUCUCAGAACUUGCGAAAAAAGAAGAGGCAAACAUGCGCACAAAUUCAGAGCAACCCACCAAGAGACGGAAAACGGAAUCGAAAUUACAGUCAUUACUGAAAUUGAAAUCUCGUUGGUCAAGGUUCUCGCAAAGCUUAGAUCAAUUCGAUAUUCAGUUAUCCGCUGGCUCUAAAGGCUUUGCUUUCUCUUUUGUUGAAGGUAAUAUUGUCAAAGCAGCUCGCAAUGGAGAAUGGGUGCUCCUAGAUGAAAUCAACUUAGCAUCGCCGGAUACACUUGAGAGCAUAGCUGAUCUCCUUCAUGGUGGUACUGGUUCUCCCUCGAUACUUCUUUCUGAGACCGGUGAAAUUGAGAGAAUCCAAGCACAUCCGGACUUCCGCAUUUUUGGUGCCAUGAAUCCUGCUACAGAUGUUGGAAAACGUGAUCUUCCCAUGGGGUUGCGUUCGAGGUUCACUGAACUCUACGUGGAUAGCCCAGACAAGAACUUAGACGACCUUUUAGCUGUUAUCAAGGCAUAUCUCAAAGGUACAAGUAGCAAUGACGAUAGGGCUGCCCACGAUGUAGCACGUCUCUACAUGAACACAAAACGGCUCGCCGAAGAGAAGCGAGUGGUCGACGGCGCAAAUGAAGUACCGCACUUCAGCUUGCGCACGUUGACUCGCGUUCUUUCUUACGUCACCGAAAUUGCUCCAUCUUAUGGCUUGCGCAGAGCGUUGUACGAAGGUUUCGCGAUGGGGUUCUUGACUCUUUUGGAUCGAGAAUCUGAAAAAAUGCUCAUGCCUUUGAUUGAGCAUCACCUACUAGAUAGCCAUGGAAACCCUCAGGCUCUAUUAGCUCAAACACCAAAACACCCAGACGAUGGAAAACAGUAUGUACGAUUUAUGAACAAGAAAAGAGAUCGUCAAUAUUGGAUGCUUCAAGGCUAUGAGACUCCUCAAGAGCAACCUCACUACAUUAUUACGCCGUUUGUCGAGCGCAACAUGCUCAAUUUGGUCCGUGCAACUUCAACUCGUCGCUUUCCAGUCCUGAUUCAAGGUCCGACUUCGUCUGGAAAGACUAGUAUGAUUGAAUAUCUUGCUAAAUUCAGUGGUAAUAAGUUUGUGCGUAUUAAUAACCACGAACAUACUGAUCUACAAGAGUACUUGGGCACAUAUGUCUCCGACUCGGAUGGAAAGCUGCGCUUCCAAGAAGGUUUGCUUGUCCAAGCUCUCCGUCAAGGACACUGGAUUGUUCUCGAUGAACUCAAUUUGGCUCCGACCGAUGUUUUAGAAGCCCUUAAUCGUCUGUUAGAUGAUAACCGUGAACUUCUCAUCCCGGAAACGCAGGAAAUCGUUCGUCCACAUGAGAACUUCAUGCUCUUCGCAACACAGAAUCCUCCCGGACUUUAUGGUGGCCGUAAAACCUUAUCACGAGCGUUCCGUAAUCGCUUCCUUGAAUUACAUUUCGAUGACAUUCCAGAAGAUGAACUUGAUUUCAUUCUCGAGAAACGAAGUCAAAAGGUUGCGCCAUCAGACUGUCGAAGAAUUGUCGCAGUGUACAAGGAGCUUUCACGCCUUCGACAAUCGACACGUCUUUUUGAGCAGAAGGACAGUUUUGCUACCCUUCGUGAUCUUUUCCGUUGGGCUUUGCGAGAUGCCGAUAAUAGAGAGCAGCUUGCUGCUAACGGUUAUAUGCUUUUGGCGGAACGUGUUCGCAACUCAGAAGAAAGGGCAGCAGUCAAGGAGAUUAUAGAGAGAGUUAUGAAGGUCAAAAUUGAUAUUGACGACCUUUACAGCAACGGCCUUGCAGAGAUCAGAGCCUACAAUGCAACCACUAACUCGCAAGGUGUGGUUUGGACCCAAGCGAUGCGCAGGCUUUACGUUUUAGUCGCCCAUGCUCUACGCAAUAAUGAGCCAGUGCUACUUGUGGGUGAAACAGGAUGCGGUAAAACUACAGUAUGCCAGAUGCUAGCUGAAGCCUUCGGGAAAACUCUCCAUAUUGUAAACGCCCACCAGAAUACCGAAACUGGAGAUUUGAUUGGAGCGCAAAGGCCGGUACGAAACAGAGCCGCUGUCUUGGAGCAGCUUAAACAAGAUCUUAAGCAGUUACUGAAUGAGAUUGGUGAAGAACAAAAAGAUUCUGAGGAUCUCGAUUCUUUGUGGGCCGCGUACAAAUCUUUGCCGGAAACAACCAUUUCUCAGAUACCAACUGAGCUGUCAUUGCGGAUUCAACUCAAUCAAAUCAAGGCCAAGGCACUUUUCGAGUGGUCUGAUGGAAGUCUUGUGCAGGCAUUGAAAGAAGGGCAAUUUUUCUUGCUUGACGAAAUAUCACUCGCAGAUGAUUCGGUCUUGGAAAGACUAAAUUCUGUCCUGGAGUCCCAUAGGACAAUUUUGCUCGCAGAGAAGGGUGCUGAGGACUCUUUUGUUCAGGCUGUCGAAGGAUUCCAGUUCUUCGCCACUAUGAAUCCUGGAGGUGAUUAUGGUAAAAGAGAGCUGUCACCUGCUCUUCGAAACAGAUUUACGGAGAUCUGGGUCCCAGCCUUAUCAGACCAUGCGGAUGUCAUACAGAUUGUGGGAGCCAAGCUGAAUCCGGAUUUGAAACAAUUCUCUGAGCCUAUGGUCAAAUUUGCGGAAUGGUUUGGACAAACAUACAGGUCUACAUCCUCGACUUCGAUAUCAGUUCGUGACAUUUUGGCAUGGAUCAAAUUCAUGAAUGGAUGCCCGACUACCGAUCCCUAUUAUGCUGUUCUGCACGGUGCUGCUAUGGUAUACAUUGAUACCCUUGGUGCAAAUCCGGCUGCUCUCUUGGCAAUUAACCCGGAAACAAUUCAAGAGGAACGCGCGAAAUGUCUCCAUCAAUUGGGCAGAUUGCUCAAUCAUGAUGUCAGUACCAUAUACUUCAUGCCAAUACAAGUUCAGGACCAGGAUAAUCAUAUUACCAUGGGUGGCUUUUCCGUUCCAAAACAGGCUGGCUCAGAUAGUGACCCAGGUUUCGCAUUCGAUGCUCCGACGACGAAACUUAAUGGCAUGCGGGUGCUUCGCGCCCUCCAAGUUCAGAAGCCGAUACUUAUUGAAGGUAGCCCUGGUGUUGGUAAAACGACUUUGAUUGCUGCCUUAGCACGUGCAUGCAACAGACCCUUGACUCGUAUCAAUUUGUCCGAGCAAACUGACCUUAUGGACCUAUUUGGAUCAGACGUGCCUGUUGAAGGCGCUGAAGCUGGACACUUCGCAUGGCGCGAUGCUCCAUUUCUUCAAGCAAUGCAACGAGGAGAAUGGGUACUUCUUGAUGAAAUGAAUCUUGCAUCUCAGUCGGUUCUUGAAGGUUUGAACGCUUGUCUUGAUCAUCGUGGAGAGGUUUACAUUUCAGAAUUGGACCAAACUUUCAAACGACAUCCCAACUUCUCUGUUUUUGCGGCUCAAAAUCCUCAUCACCAGGGUGGUGGUAGAAAGGGUCUCCCCAGUUCUUUUGUCAAUCGAUUUACUGUUGUAUAUGCUGAUGUAUUUAGGAAUGAUGAUAUGAAACUAAUCUGCAAGCAUAACUUCCCUUCCAUGCCCCAACAAUUAAUAACUACCAUUAUUGACUUCGUCACACGACUAGAAGACGAAAUCGUACACAAGCGGAAAUUCGGCUCCCAAGGCGGCCCUUGGGAAUUUAAUUUGCGAGAUAUCCUUCGAUGGUUGCACUUGUUAACAUCAUCAGCCCCAUUUCUCACCAACAGAGGCCCAGCCGAUUUCCUCAAUUUGAUAUUCCGACAGCGUUUCAGAACUAUUAAGGACCGAGAAGAACUGGAUGGUAUUUUUGCGCAAGCAUUUGGUUUUGAUGUACCAUUUCGUCAAUUUUUCCACAACAUGAGCUCAACUGCCUACCAGGUAGGAAUAGCAUAUAUGCCAAGGCAUAUACUCUACCAGCGCACUCCAUUUCCACAAGUCGAACCUGUCAACCGUCUUCCGGAAUUGGAAUCAGUAAUUAUGUGUAUCCAGCAAAAUCUUCCUUGUAUCCUAGUAGGAUCAUCGGGCUCUGGAAAGUCUACAAUUCUUGAGCACGUUGCAGCAGCCAGUGGCAAAUCCCUCACCGUAUUUCCCUUGAACGCAGACAUUGAUACUAUGGACCUCGUGGGUGGCUUUGAGCAGGUGGAUCCACAACGAGCCGCCAGCAGAUUUCUUCAAGAGCUUCUUGAGUUCAUGGAAAGUCGUAUAUUAGGUACACUUCCUGAAUAUGUUCCCGAUGACGCAAUCAAAGUUCUCGAUAUUCUGAGAAAGGAUACUAUGAAUUCAUCCUUUUCGUUCCAAGAGAUUUCCGGCCACCUUCGACAGCUGGAAAAGGCAAGCUCAUUACCAGAAUUUGGUACAUUGGCGGAGACUUGCGAAACUUUCGCAAGCCGCCCUAUGGCUGUCGAAAAUGCUAGGUUUGAAUGGGUAGAUGGUGUCUUGAUCAAGGCAUUGGAACAAGGAAAAUGGUUGGUGCUUGACAAUGCUAAUCUAUGCAGUGCUUCUGUUUUGGACAGACUGAACUCGCUGCUUGAACCAAAUGGGUUCCUCAGUAUUAAUGAACAUUGUGGGCCAGAUGGUGAGCCCAAGAUUGUCAAACCCCAUGUCGAUUUCCGAAUUUUCUUAACCAUGGACCCUCGAUUUGGGGAGUUAUCUCGCGCCAUGAGAAAUCGUGCCGUGGAGAUUUUCCUUCAGCCACUCGCCCUGGAGAUUGAACCUUGUAAACUCAGAGAGUUUUCUAUUCGACCAGAAGCAUCACUUGAGAGAUAUCGCCAGGUAUCAAAUAUUCUAAGCAUCGGAGAUUCAAAUUCCCGCCAGGCAGAUCUUAUUAAUAGUAUUGCUCUGGAUAACUUGGCUUGGUCCGACUUGCCUCUUCUUACAAGAUUUUCUGAAAGCGUGGUCCGGAGUCUUCAGCAGCAGGGGCUACCUACUGCAAAAUUAACAACGAUUUCUCAACAAUACGUGCAAUUGUACCAAUCCGGAGACUGCCGUGAGCUCAGAAAUGCAGUGGGAGAUUUAUUGAAUGGAGUUGCGAAGAAGACCUUGUUGCCCGCAGGCUUCGGUGACGCACAGAUUAUCCAUCCUCUCCAAAAUUCGCCAGUGGUGCCAUUACUGCAAUCUUCGUCCAAUCAAUCUCAAAUUUAUUGGGUUGCAGCCUGUUUAGAAUAUAAGCUCCAAAUCGCUGCUGCAUUGGAAGCACAUCAAGAACAGGAAUCCGUCAUCCCAACCCUCAAACCUUCCCAAAUGAACCGCCUCCAACGAUCUAUAGUCAGUGACAGAGUAGCUUCAGUAGCGAAGGACUCCACCGUGCAAGUCUCUCGCUUUUUAAUGCAUACACUUAAAUCCAUCAACUCCUAUCUGAAUGCUCACCUCAUGGAAACUGAUCAUUGGAAGUUUCGAAAACAAACAAUCACAUCUCUUAUUCGGUAUUGGUGGAGUACCUUCAACCUUGUCACUGCAUCGACAUUUGAAGAAGUAACAUUCCAGUCUCAUUUAGCUAUUGGAAAUACAGUCUUGGAAGGACUAAUCAAAGAGAGCCCUCUAGCCGAUGAACAGGAUUCAAUUAUCAAGGGUUUCGUUUCAGACCUACAGGUGAACUUUGCUUCCGGAUUCAAGUUGACAACAGGACUAAGCAUGGAGCUUCUAUGGAAAAAACUUCGGCCUGUGGUUACUACCAAAUUUGAAGUCAUGCAAAUCGUGGAGCAAGUGGAAAAGUUGGCCGUAAGAUUUGACGCCUUGCGAUGGAGAACUUCAAUAUCAGUCGCCGAGCUUGGAGGCAUCAUGGCUUCCUUUGUCAAAGCACAUCAGCUUCUUCUUUCUUCGGAUGUGGACGGCACUGCUCUUAUUCAAUCUUUAACAUUAGAGCUUGACAACCUCGAAAAAAGUGUUGAUGCAGAUGAGGAGAGUCCACGGCCAUUCUUGCAUGAUCAGUUCGAAGCUCUGAGGCAAUUUCAAGUCCUUGCAGCUCUGGCAUCCAACAAGCAACCCGGUGAUAUUGUAGAUGUCGAGACUGUUGUUCUUGCGGAUCAUCCAAUAACCUCACAAAUGCGUCUAAGUACAUCGAGCCCAACUUCAUGGCUGCUACAAAAUAUCGACUACCUAUGGUCAGGAGAACACGGCCUCCAACCUAUUUCAGGCAGUUUUUCGACAGAUUUCUUGCAUCAAAUGAACGUCAUUGAUGAAGUGGACCUCAAAUCUCUUAGGUUGCUUGAGUCCGAGCUGCCUGUCAUGGCGGAAAAGCUUGCGAGGUCAAGUGGAGUCUUGUCAAGCAGCCAAUUGGCGGCUAUUAAUCAAGUCCUUUCAAAUCUCAUGAUAGGCAUAAUUGGUGCACAUGGUGAGAAAAGUUCAAAUGACCACCUGAGGAGAAAAGAGUUCUUCGCAUUGCAAGCUAGCAGUAAAGCCUGGCAAAGCAUUACAUUGGACAACUUUUAUGAAGCCGUUGCCGCUCAUCAAGCAAAGCAUUCUAGUGGUCAACCAUUAGUUGAUACGGAUAUGAAUUUUGAUAUUGAUAAUGCAAUGUUCGCCGUGGAAGCUGCAAAUAAUUCAACUAAUUCCAAGAUGCAGUAUUCGGCUCUCGCUUGGGUUCAUUUUGCUGUGGGCUGCAUCGCUCUGUACGUUCCCGAUCGAGCAUUUGAUCCAGAUAAGAGACAGCGACUUGAGCGACAAAGACACGAAGAAGUAAUUCAAGGAUUGGAAGAUAAGCUUGAUGCCCUUCAAAAAUUUGAGCGUCUCUUCUCUGGCCAAGAAUCGAACCUUCGCUGUCAGCUCAUAGGGGCAGAAAUAGCAGAGAUUGGUGAGCCGCCAGAGGCAUCGCAGCAAGUUUACCGCCCGGAAGUAUCGGAACUAGACAAGCUUCAGGGUGAAUUCAAAAAUCUUCUAAAAGUUGUUCUCCCGUCACCCGCCAUUACCUCCAAAAUAUUUCAAUAUUUGAUAAACGAUGACCAAGACAUCUUGAACGAAAUCAACCUUAUUCAGAACAACAUCCUUCAAAUCAUACGACGUCUCUCUGAGCGUUUUAGAGCAUACAGCGAUCUUACUACUCCAGUUAUCAACAUUCUUCGUUGUCUCCAGAUAGGAUUGUACAUGGCGGCACUCGUAUCAAAGGAUCCAUCAAACAACAGCAAAGCAGUCCUAGCUCUAAGCAAGGCAACUCCAUUCCUUGGAGGUACUCCUAAGUCGAUUGACGAAGACAUUGCCUCUGCUCAGCCUCUAGAAUAUUUGACAUUGAUGGCUACAACUACAUCAGUUGAACCCAUUCACUCGUUGGAUCCACAAAUCCGAGAAUCCCUGUUUACGUCGAUUCACUCUUGUUACAUGCAGUGGACCAAAAAGCUCGAUGCCGACCGGCUUGAGGGAGAAACAAAGUCAGGUUUGUACAGAUUUCGUGGAAGUGCUGAAGACGAAGACGAGAUUGACCAGGACCAAUUCAACGAACUAUUCCCUUCGUAUGAUGAAGAGUCCCCGAGUGCGUCAAGUGCUAUCCCAAAGCAAACAAAUGUCAGAGAUAUUGCUGUCAGCCUGGCUCUCGUGCAUGAAGAUAUUUUCUUGGGUGGAGCAUUACCAUCUGUAAGCAUAAUGUCUUUGAUAAAGCACAUUUCUACACAUAUAGGCAAACUUCGUGGAAGUGAUGCCGCCUUUGAGGAUCAUAACGGAGUCAAGGCUUUUCUUCCAGGCUCACUUUUGUUGUUAAGUGAUAAGAUUGAUGCUUUGAGUUCUUCUGCUACGGUACCCGAAAAUUACAAUUUUUACACCGACGCAAAUCUGCCAGAAACUCGUAAACUGGUCAGUCUGAUCCAUCAAGUACAAACGAGAUUCAGAGAGCUUCAAUCUGUGGAUGAGAUUGCGCACAUGCAACCGCUUGAAGAUGUCAUGGUUUCGUGUAAAGAAUUACUUCAGUUUCGUCACACAGAGCCACUUGCGAAAAUCAUCACCAAGGUUGAGAAAGUCCAUGGCUUCAUGCAUGAGUGGCAGUUUGGUGGUUGGGCAAGCCGUGCCAAUUCAGCACUUUCCCUGUACGAUAAUUUGACUGCCACUAUUGUCAGCUGGCGCCGCCUUGAACUGUCGACAUGGGCGAAGUUAUUCGACAUGGAAAACAGGCACUGCGAUGACGAUGCAAGAUCCUGGUGGUUUGUCGCAUACCAAGUUAUCGUUGCUGGACCACUAUCAAUAUGCGAGUCUGUCGAAGAACUCAAAGCUUAUGCUCAAAAGCUCCUGCAAGAUCUUGAGGCUUAUUUCUCAACAGCUAUCAUGGGUCAGUACGUACAGCGUCUUAAAUUGUUAAAGCAAUUAAAGAAACAUGUUGGUCUAUUGGUGUUGGACUAUCCAAAUCUGGCCAUAAUUGGCAGCGCACUGGCUAAUUUCAUUGCUCUUUAUUCACGAUACGAAAAGUCAGUCGAGGAUACUUUGAAGAGGGGUCGAGUAUCAUUAGAGAAAGCCAUGCGCGAUGUACUACUUCUUGCAAGUUGGAAAGACACAAAUAUCGUUGCUUUACGAGACAGCGCCAAGAGAUCUCAUCAUAAGCUUUUCAAAAUUGUUCGGAAAUAUCGAGCACUUCUUGGACAACCGAUGGAUUCUCUUAUCAAGCAAGGGCUUCCCGAUGAAGUGGUUGGUGAUGAAACUGGAAUAAGCUAUCUUGCUCCAGCACAGUUUCCAACUGUCGAUCAAUCUGCCCUGGCAUUGUGUGCUUCCACAGUUCCAAGUUGGACACAAAAGCCCAAGAGGUUCAUCAACGUUUCUAAGACUGUAAGCAUGAUGGUAGACAAGAGUCAAUUACCUUCAUCUACAGUCCAAGGAUCUAGCUAUCUCGAAUCAUUCCUUGAAAAUAUCAUCACAUCAACUUCAGAGUUGCAAAAAGCCACCCCAUCAAUCCUCACGGAAGACAACAAAGAUACUGUGAAACAUCUCAAAUCUCAAAAGCGCAAGCUAUUCGCAGAUACAUUAAAAGAUCUUCGUCAAAUGGGAAUCAAAUACAAUUUGGGUGCCAACGCGCUUGCUAAGCAAGAUUCACUCUCUAUUGUCUUGGCAAAUACAGAUUAUAUUCCCUCCAAUGACCCUCAAGAUUCGGAGUACUACUUUCACAAGACAGUCGAGCUUGCCCCGCGAGCAAGAGAGGCAUCAAGGCAGCAUUCUGACGAUCUCAGUGGCGCUGAGGUGGCAAGAAGUACAGGAUUCUUGGAAGGCUUAUUGCAAGUUCUUUUGAGCCAGCGCAACAUUCUUUCGAGUACUAUGACAAGCUUAAAUCUCUUCAGAGAUGUUGUCAAAAUGGCGAAGGGGCUUUGGGCUCCAGGGAUAUAUGAUGUCAGGGUUCCUACUACAACCUCUAACCACAAGCAUGUCCUUCAGUGGUUACCUAAUAUCUUGUCGGUUGGACUGGAGCUUGUCAACACACAUGCAAAACUUGGUAAAAUUGAUGCGAAAUCAGUGGUAGAAAUUUUGUCCUCGUGGAAAGAUAUACUAGUCGAUCUUCGGGAAAGGUGGUUUUCAUUAUCUAUUUUACCUUCUGGAAUUAUGUCCACACAACGCCGAGAAGCUGAGAUGGCCAUCAAUGAUGUCACUAAGCAAUUAUCAAUCGAUUUGAGCAAAUUGAUCGAGCAGCGUCCAGACUUAGAGUUUAUCAUCGAGCAGAUCUUACCUUGGACUGUUAUUGGUGAAUCGGCGACGACAGCUAUCUCUACGCAAGCCACGCUGGAAGACCUCGACCAGAAACUGUCAACUGUGUGCAAUACAGUCCUAGCCGCAAUGGAGAAAUACCACAAAUCUAUUGGCGACCUUCCGACUUCAACUGAAGAUCAAGGCUGGCUGAUCAGAAGCGAUACUAUUCUUGCAAACAGCAUUAAAGCUCUUCACUCCGAGAAUGUUGCCGACCAAAUCAAACAAUCGUUUGCUAUCCUUAGAUCCCUCAACCUUUUAGAUGACAACAUUAGUCGAGGUGCUGGUGCUAUAUUUGCAGUUGCUUUUCCAAUCAUUCAACAAUACUACAACAUAUUGGAGGAAAGCAUCACUAGAUACGCGAUACUACACCGUUCGACAUCUAAGACCUCAUACAUUCUCGCCAAGACUUUUACACAGAUUGCAUCGCAAGGUUUCUGUACACCAUCAGAGAAACAGGACGCGCAAGAUGGUAAAACUGAAAAGUUAGAGGGGGGAACUGGACUUGGUGAUGGAGAAGGUGCUGAGGAUAUAAGCAAGGACAUUGGAGAGGAUGAAGAUCUCGAUGAAUUGGCUCAGGAACCGAAUAAAGAAGAGAGAGGAGAAAUUGAAGAUGAAAAAGAUGCUGUUGACAUGGCAGAUGGCGAGAUGGAAGGUGAAAUGGGUGAGGCUGAAGAGAAAGAGGAUGAUGAAGGCUCUGGUGAUGAAGAAAAGGAUGGUGAUGAGAUGGAUGAAGAGGCUGGAGAUGUGGACGACUUGGAUCCUAAUGCAGUGGAUGAAAAGAUGUGGGAUGGUGAUAAUGAGCAAGCUGAGAAAGAUCAAGAAGGUGAUGAUUCAAAAGGAAAGGCUUCCAAAGACGAACAAGUCGCGGCUCAAGAUAACAACAAAGAAGCUGGGGAAGGUGAUGAGGGUGAAGAAGCUGAAGAAGAAGAAGAGAUGGCUGGAGCUGAACAAAGUGAAGAGGUCCAACAACAGGAUGAUGUAGAAAAGCAUGAUCCGCAUGCCGAUGAAGGAGAUGCUUUGGAUUUACCUGAUGAUAUGCAAUUGGAUGGAGAGGAGAAAUAUGGAAGCGACGGAAGUGAUGAUGGAAUGGAGGAUGAAAUGGAUGAUCUUCCAGAUAUGGAAGAUGAAGCUAAAGAGACUGAUGAAGUUGCAAACGAUGGUAAAGAAGAGGCCGAUGCCGAAAACGCGGAUGGACAAGAAGAUCAAGAUAUGGGCGACGAAAUGGAUAUCAUUGAUCUGGAUGAAGAUAAAGAUGAAGAGGGUGAAAAGACUGAGGAGGCUGGAGAGAAAGCUGAGGAAGAACCUGAAGAACAAGAGCCUGAAGAUCAAGAUGGUCUGUUGCGUGGUCGUGAAGAUGAGGCUACAGUAGAUACGGAUGACGUGGUCCCAAGUGAUGUACAAGGCGUUGGCGAUGGUCAGGAUGAAAACGAAGCCGAUGAAAAUGCCGAUUCUAAUAGCAAGGCCCAAAGAGAUGAUGGUGGUCAAGGAGGUGACUCGUCUGAGAAUAAGCAAUCGGCGGCUGAGGAUGGUGAAAAGGGCCGGCAAGCUGCAGGUGAUGCACCACAAGAUGCCCAGGAUGACACUCAAGAUAGUUCUACUGCUCAGCCAUUUAAGAAGCUCGGAGAUGCCCUCGAGAAGUGGCACCGUCAACAAUCCCAAAUCAGCGAGUCGACCGAGCAAAAGGAUCAAACACAAGAUCAAAAUAUCGACAUGGGUACUGAAAGCAACGAAUUCCAACAUCUACAAGACGAAGAUGCUGAAGCCGACACUCAAGCCCUAGGUACUGCUACAGAAGAACAAGCUCACGCUCUUGAUGAGUCUAUGGCAAUUGAUCCGGAAAUUGGAGAUAUGCCGGAAACAUUCCAACCGGAUGAAGUUGAGAAAGACGAGGACAAUGUCAUGGAUCUCGAGAAUGAUGCACCAGAACCAGAAGAAUUAUCCAACGCAUAUGAAGGUCGAGCCGGUGCUUCCAUCCACCAAGCCAAGAACAAUAUGGAUGAAGACUUGAACGAUAAUACUCGCGCUCAAGCCAAUGAGAAUAUGGAUUCCGAUGUGGAAGAAGUUGACACGCAGCUCGAUAAUACUCAUCUUGAUCCCACCACCACUAUUUCUGUACGAUCCGCAGCCGAUGCCCGUGCUCAGUGGACUCAUUACGAGUCUAUUACACGUCCACUUUCCCUUUCCCUGACCGAACAACUUCGAUUGAUUCUCGCACCUACCUUAGCAACCAAGAUGCGGGGUGAUUUCCGUACUGGAAAGCGUCUUAACAUCAAACGAAUCAUCCCUUACAUUGCCUCUUCGUUCAAGCGUGAUAAAAUCUGGAUGCGCCGCAGCAUUCCCUCCAAGCGCUCAUACCAAAUUAUGCUAGCCGUCGAUGACUCCAAGUCCAUGGGAGAAUCAGGCUCUGGAAGUCUCGCUCUGGAGACUUUGGUCAUGAUUUCGAGGUCUUUAGCUAUGCUUGAGGUUGGUGAGAUAUGCGUCGUCGGAUUCGGAGAGGACGUCAAAGUAGCACAUGAAUUUGAUGUACCAUUCAGUUCCGAGGCCGGCCCUGUUAUCUUUGAGAAUUUCGGUUUCGAGCAACAGCGAACGGAUAUCACGAGACUCAUUCGUGAGAGUAUCAAUUUGUUCCGUACCGCCAGACAAAAGGCAUCAUCAUCUGCUACGGAUCUCUGGCAAAUUUCUCUUAUUAUCUCGGACGGUGUUUGUAGUUCUUCUGAACACGACAACAUUCGACGAUUAUUGAGACAAGCGGAGGAAGAAAGAAUAUUGAUGGUAUUUGUGAUUGUGGAUGAUGUGAGAACCAAGAAGAAGGGAGAAAGUGUGUUGGAUCUUAAGGAGGCAAGAUUUGUGAAAAAUGAAAUGACAGGACAGAGCGAUGUGAGGAUUGAGAGGUAUCUGGAUACUUUCCCAUUCAGAUAUUAUAUUGUGGUUGGGGAUGUGGGAGAAUUGCCGGGUGUUUUGGCGGGUGUGUUGAGACAGUGGUUUGGGGAGGUUGUUGGUAGUGGUUGA